AUGACUCGCUGGAAGAGAUUGAUCUCGUGGGCAGCAGCCAAGCCGGAGGAAGGACGAACAACGUGGACUCAGGAAAUGAUCGUCUACGUUUCCCGGGAUCCAAAAGACGCGGCUCUAUCUUUUUAUCAUCACUACAAACUCAUGAAUGGCUACAAAGGUAGUGUGGAAGACUAUCUGGAAGCUUUCAUGAAUGAUGCAUUGGUGUAUUCUCCGUUUUGGGGUCAUAUCCUUGACUUCUGGAAAUUGAGACAUGAACCCAAUGUGUUAUUUAACACUUAUGAGGAAAUGAAACAGAAUUUGAUGCGUUGUGAUUUUUAG